GGCCAAUACAUCCCGCUACCAUCGCUAAGCACCCUCUAUCCAUGCCCAGGCCCACACAACUUCCACUUAUUUCCUCUUACUUAUUGGCAGCAUACAACUUCAACAUGAAGGUCCUCUCAUAAUUCCAUCCUAGUAUUGUGGCUCUCAGGUGGUGCUUAUCUUUUGGGUUGCCCCCAUUCCUUGUUUCCUGUAGCUAUAGGUUAAUUUUGCAACAUGGGCAUCAAAGGGAUCUAUGCGGAGAUUGGGCCUGGCAAGAGAAUUUCUUUGGCAAAGCUCGCUGUUGAACACUAUGAGGAGACCAACCGACCCCUUCGUGUGGCUAUUGACGUUUCAAUCUGGCAAUUCCAAGUACAAGCAGGCCAAGGUAAUUUUCAAAUUAUUCCUCUAGUAUUUUAACCUUUCCUCAUCUCGUACAGGAGGCACAAAUCCCGCUCUGCGAACAUUUUUCUACCGGCUGGUCAAAUUGCUCGGCUACCAGAUCCAGCCACUAUUUAUUUUUGAUGGACCGCAUAAGCCGCCGGUGAAACGCAAUAAGAAGACCGGAAAUGGAUCAGUGGCUCCAAAUCGCCUCACUAAGCAGCUACUCAAGCUUUUCGGCUUUCCUUUCCACAUGGCUCCUGGAGAAGCCGAGGCAGAAUGCGCGCUCUUGCAGAGGGAAGGUCUAGUCGACGCAGUGUUAAGUGAGGAUGUCGAUACUUUGAUGUUUGGAUGUGGAUUAACGCUCCGGAAUUGGUCUUCUGAAGGAGCCCGUAAUAAGUCGCCAACGCAUAUCUCGGCGUAUUACGCAACCGAAACGAAGGCAAAGUCUGGACUCGAUAGAGAGGGGAUGAUCUUAGUGGCUCUAAUGAGUGGCGGGGAUUACAAUACUGACGGAAUUCCUCAUUGUGGCCCAAAGAUUGCUUGCGAAGCUGCAAGAGCUGGAUAUGGGAAAUCUCUGUGCCAAAUAUCCAGAUCAGACCCUAUUGCCCUGGAGAAAUGGAGGAAAGACUUAACCCACGAGAUUCAAUCAAACGAAAGCAAGCAUUUCAAACAAAGACACAAAGCUCUCGUGAUACCAGAUAGCUUUCCAGACAGAGACGUUUUGGGAUUCUACACCCAUCCUGUGGUGUCUUCAGCAUCCAGAAUUGAACAACUUAAAGAAGUUAAUUUGUGGGACGGAGAGGUCGAUAUCCAGGGGCUGCGACGAUUUGUUGCGGAAGAGUUCGGAUGGACUGGCAAAGAUGGCGCAAUCAAGUACGUUAGGAACCUUGCCCCGGCUUUGUUGAUGCACAAGCUUCGACUUCGAGGUUCUCGUAGGGCUUCUGGAUAUGGAGAUCUUAUUCUCACUGCUAUGAACGAAAUGGAGUUAGUGCGGGAGAUUUGCGGGAAGAGAACUCACAUUAGUUCAGACGGAAUUCCCGAGACGCGAGUGGUUUACCAACCUCUCGAUAUAGUUCCGUUGGAUUUGGAGGAAGAGCCCGACGACGAUUGUGGAGACUAUGGGAGAGAUGGGCUGGCUCCUAUCCUCCAAGAUGACCAAAUUGAGGCAUAUCAAUCAGAUGAUAAUAGGAGAGUGCCGGAGAGUCCUUCUAAACGGGCUGCCUCUCAAUACGAUCCAACUCAGCCCGACAAGGCAUGGAUUCCUGAAACCAUAGUCAGACUCGGAGUGCCAUUGAAACUGGAAGAUUACGAGGAAUCGUUGCGAAACCCGAAGAAAUUCUUGAAGCAAAAAGCUGCUGCUAAGAAAGCUUUAAGUAAAAAGGGUGCCAAAAUUUUAGUUCAGAAAGGGGCUAUGGAUAGGUUUGUAACCGUCUCAAAACAAGCCCCCAAAGAGAAGGAGGCAUUCGAGGAUCCUGAUAUACACGAAGCAUCAGCAAAUGGCGACGACGAUGAUUUUCCGCCUUUAUUUCUGAUCCCAUCCUUGGUUCCCGCCUCAACUUCAGCCUGUAAAGAAGUCUCUACCAGAGUCACAACGUCGAAACCAAAGCAAGCCAAAACCUCGAAGGCGCAAUCAAAAAAGAACAAAGUAAAGCCAUCCGCGAACUCCACACCUUGGGGUACCGGAUCUCAGGAUGUUGUUGUCACGAAACCGCUCAACGCGCGACAAAGUAAAUCGAUCAGUCCUCCCCCAGCAAGCUUCAGAAAAGGUUCAUUCCCCAUCGACCUUACAUCAAGUUCACCACCUUGUCCAUCUCCCAAAGAUCCCGACCUACCCGCUUCCGGAAAACAUCUCCACUCACCCGCGCUCUCAGAAAGCGAUUAUGAAAAUCCCUCCUUGCAGUCGAAUAUCCAAUCCAAUUCUCUCAACCCGCCAAUUUCCAAAACUCGGAACCCAUUAAGACCACCACCCCGCAAAAAGGUAUCUCUAGAAUCCGAAGAUCUGCCAGAAACAUCAGAUCACAACGUUCCACAUUCCACUACCGCAAUUUCCCCGCAAGAUCUCGACAUGAUCGACAUUCUCAAAAGCCCCGGUGUAAGUCUCCGAAAAGGCAGAGCACGAGGACGAAAUGCCAAACCCACGACUACAAGAAGACCAUCCUCACCUGACCUCCCUACACUCGACAAAUUCUUCAAGCCGGGGUUCGACAGAAACAAACCCCCAGAAAGAAAGCAAAAUAAAGUCAUCACCCUAUCUUCUUCCCCAGAAGAUCUAGCCCCUCCCUCCCCCACCACAACCCACAAAAUACAGCAACAAACCACUACAAACAACCCAUCUAUCGCUGAGAAUAUCAUACUCUCCUCCCCACCACAACCACAGAGUAUGGCUCCCCCUCCCCGUCCCGUCUUCACCAACCAUCUAUAUCCCCCGAACGACGACGGCGUCCUUCAAGAAGAUACCGAGGACCCCUUCGUGUCGGCGCCAGCGCCACCCCCGAAGAAGAAAUUCAUCAUAUUAAGAGAUUCUUUGCCUGGUGGCUGGAAACCAGUAGAGGAAGAUGAGUUGGAGAGGAGUGAGAAGGAGAGAGAGAAGGGAAAAGGGAGUGGGAAGGGGAGGAAGGGGAGGAAGGCUUGGAGGAUGAGUGAGGUGGAGGUUUGUGAUUUGACUAGUGAUUGAUUGAUGAGGAUCGUACUGUACUGUAGAUGUAUGUUGUAUGAAUAUAGGACUCUGGUAAUUAGCGAAUCUCUUGGUUUGCGGGAGUGCAUUUCAGGCGUUUUAGCAUCGACUGGCGGCGGGUUGUAUUUAUUGGGUUGGCAACGAGGCGUUUCUGAGUGUCUAUGGUGGGUUGUUU